ACCGGCUACAAGGAUCCCUACACCGGGGAGCAGAUCUCUCUCUUCCAGGCCAUGAAGAAGGACCUCAUCGUGCGGGAGCACGGCAUCCGCCUGCUGGAGGCCCAGAUCGCCACGGGCGGCAUCAUCGACCCGGUGCGCAGCCACCGCCUGCCGGUGGACGUGGCCUACCGGCGCGGCUACUUCGACGAGGAGAUGAACCGCGUCCUGGCGGACCCGAGCGACGACACCAAGGGCUUCUUCGACCCCAACACGCACGAGAACCUCACCUACCUGCAGCUGCUGGAGCGCUGCGUGGAGGACCCCGAGACGGGCCUGCGCCUGCUGCCCCUCACGGAUCAGGCUGCCAAGGGUAGGGAGCUGGUCUACACUGACUCGGAGGCCCGGGACGUGUUCGAGAAAGCCACCGUGUCCGCACCAUUUGGCAAGUUCCGGGGCAAGACGGUGACCAUCUGGGAGCUCAUCAACUCAGAGUACUUCACGGCAGAGCAGCGGCGGGACCUGGUGCGGCAGUUCCGCACGGGCAAGGUCACCGUGGAGAAGAUUAUCAAGAUCGUCAUCACGGUGGUCGAGGAGCACGAGCAGAAAGGGCAGCUUUGCUUCGAGGGCCUGCGCGCCCUGGUCCCUGCCGCCGAGCUGUUCGAGAGCGGGGUCAUCGACCGCGAUCUCUACCGCCAGCUGCAGCAGGGCGAGCGUUCGGUGCGAGAGGUGGCCGAGGUGGAUGCCGUGCGGCGGGCCCUGCGGGGCAGCAACGUCAUUGCUGGUGUGUGGCUGGAGGAGGCGGGACAGAGGCUGAGCGUCUACGAGGCCCUGAAGAAGGACCUACUGCAGCCAGAGGCGGCGGUGGCCCUCCUGGAGGCCCAGGCCGGCACCGGGCACAUCAUCGACCCCGCCACGAGCGCCCGGCUCACCGUGGACGAGGCGGUGCGGGCCGGCCUGGUGGGGCCUGAGCUGCACGAGAAGCUGCUGUCGGCUGAGAAGGCCGUGACCGGCUACAAGGACCCCUACUCAGGGCAGAGCGUCUCCCUGUUCCAGGCCCUGAAGAAGGGCCUCAUCCCCAGGGAGCAGGGCUGGCGCCUGCUGGAUGCCCAGUUGUCCACAGGUGGCAUCGUGGACCCGAGCAAGAGCCACCGUGUGCCCGUAGACGUUGCCUGUGCCCGGGGCUACCUGGACGAGGAGACCAGCCGAGCCCUGUCGGCGCCCAAGGAUGAAGCCAAGACCUACUGCGACCCCGGCACACAGGAGCCGGUCACUUAUGGCCAGCUGCAGCGACAGUGCCGGCCCGACCCGCUGACGGGGCUGAGCCUGCUGCCGCUCUCGGAGAAGGAGGCCCGGGCCCGGCGGGAGGGACUCUGCUCCGAGCUGCAGGCUCGCGAGACCUUUCAGAAGACUGCCGUUGAGGUCCCCGUGGGCAGCUUUAAGGGCAAGACGGUGACUGUGUGGGAGCUCCUCAGCUCCGAGUACUUCACGGCGGAGCAGAGACAGGAGCUGGUGCGGCAGUUCCGCACGGGCACCGUCACCGUGGAGAAGAUCAUCAAGAUCGUCAUCACCAUCGUGGAGGAGGUGGAGACCGUGCGCCAGGAAAGGCUGUCUUUCAGCGGCCUCCGCGCCCCGGUGCCGGCCAGUGAGCUCGUGGCUGCCGGCGUCCUCAGCAGGGCCCAGUUUGAGCAGCUCAAGGACGGCAAGACGUCUGUGAAGGACCUGUCAGAGGUGGACUCUGUGCGGACGCUUCUCCGGGGUAGCGGCUGCCUGGCCGGCAUCUACCUGGAGGACUCCAAGGAGAAGGUGACCAUCUAUGAGGCCAUGCGGCGGGGCCUGCUCAGGCCCAGCACGGCCACUCUGCUGCUCGAGGCCCAAGCGGCCACCGGCUUUCUGGUGGACCCUGUGAGGAAUCAGCGCUUGUACGUCCACGAGGCCGUGAAGGCGGGCGUCGUGGGCCCCGAGCUGCACGAGAAGCUGCUGUCUGCCGAGAAGGCCGUCACCGGCUACACGGACCCCUACUCCGGCGACACCAUCUCCCUCUUCCAGGCCAUGAAAAAGGGCCUGGUCCUUAGGGAGCACGGCAUCCGCCUGCUGGAGGCCCAGAUCGCCACGGGCGGCAUCAUCGACCCGGUGCACAGCCACCGCCUGCCCGUGGACGUGGCCUACAAGCGCGGCUACUUUGACGAGGAGAUGAACCGCAUCCUGGCGGACCCGAGCGACGACACCAAGGGCUUCUUCGACCCCAACACGCACGAGAACCUCACCUACCUGCAGCUGCUGGAGCGCUGCGUGGAGGACCCCGAGACGGGCCUGCGCCUGCUGCCCCUGAAAGGAGCUGAGAAGACGGAGGUGGUGGAGAGCACGCAGGUGUACACGGAGGAGGAGACCCGCAGGGCGUUCGAGGAGACGCAGAUCGACAUCCCUGGCGGCGGCGACCGCGGCGGCUCCACCAUGUCCCUGUGGGAGGUGAUGCAGUCGGACCUGAUCCCAGAAGAGCAGCGAGCCCGGCUCAUGGCGGACUUCCGGGCCGGCCGGGUGACCAAGGAGCGUAUGAUCAUCAUCAUCAUCGAGAUUAUCGAGAAGACCGAGAUCGUGCGCCAGCAGAACCUGGCUUCCUACGACUACAUCCGCCGCCGCCUCACGGCCGAGGACCUCUACGAGGCCCGGAUCAUCUCCCGCGAGACCUACGGCCUCCUCCGGGAGGGCGCCAAGAGCCUCCGAGAGGUGCUGGAGGCGGAGUCGGUCUCACGCUACCUGUACGGCACGGGCUGCGUGGCUGGCGUCUACCUGCCGGGCUCCCGGCAGACGCUCACCAUCUACCAGGCGCUGAAGAAGGGGUUGCUGAGUGCCGAGGUGGCCCGGUUUCUGCUGGAGGCACAGGCGGCCACGGGCUUCCUCCUGGAUCCCGUGAAGGGCGAGCGGCUGACCGUGGACGAAGCCGUGCGGAAGGGCUUGGUAGGCCCCGAACUGCACGACCGGCUGCUCUCGGCCGAGCGGGCCGUGACCGGCUACCGGGACCCCUACACGGAGCAGACGAUCUCGCUCUUCCAGGCCAUGAAGAAGGACCUGAUCCCUGCCGAGGAGGCCCUGCGGCUGCUGGACGCCCAGCUGGCCACGGGCGGCAUCGUGGACCCGCGCCUGGGCUUCCACCUCCCCUUGGAGGUGGCCUACCAGCGCGGCUACCUCAACAAGGACACGCACGACCAGCUGUCGGAGCCCAGCGAGGUGCGCAGCUACCCGGAUCCCUCCACGGACGAGCGCCUCAGCUACACGCAGCUGCUCAGGAGGUGCCGUCGCCACGAGACCAGCGGCCAGCUGCUCCUGCCGCUUUCGGACGCCCGCAAGCUGACCUUCCGCGGCCUGCGCAAGCAGAUCACGGUGGAGGAGCUGGUGCGCUCGCAGGUCAUGGACGAGGCCACGGCGCUGCAGCUGCGGGAGGGCCUGACCUCCGUGGAGGAGGUCUCCAAGAACCUGCAGAAGUUCCUCGAGGGCACCAGCUGCAUCGCCGGUGUCUUCGUCGAUGCCACCAAGGAGCGGCUGUCCGUGUAUCAGGCCAUGAAGAAGGGCAUCAUCCGCCCCGGCACGGCCUUCGAGCUCCUGGAGGCGCAGGCGGCCACCGGCUACGUCAUCGACCCCAUCAAGGGGCUCAAGCUGACUGUGGAGGAGGCCGUGCGCAUGGGCAUCGUGGGCCCCGAGUUCAAGGACAAGCUGCUGUCGGCCGAGCGCGCCGUCACCGGCUACAAGGACCCGUACUCGGGGAAGCUCAUCUCUCUCUUCCAGGCCAUGAAGAAAGGCCUCAUCCUGAAGGACCACGGCAUCCGCCUGCUGGAGGCCCAGAUCGCCACGGGCGGCAUCAUCGACCCCGAGGAGAGCCACCGGCUGCCCGUGGACGUGGCCUACAAGCGCGGCCUCUUUGACGAGGAGAUGAACGAGAUCCUGACCGACCCCUCGGACGACACCAAGGGCUUCUUCGACCCCAACACAGAGGAGAACCUCACGUACCUGCAGCUCAUGGAGCGCUGCGUCACGGACCCCCAGACGGGCCUGCGACUGCUGCCCCUGAAGGAGAAGAAACGGGAGCGGAAGACGUCCUCCAAGUCCUCGGUGCGCAAGCGGCGUGUCGUGAUCGUGGACCCCGAGACGGGCAAGGAGAUGUCCGUGUACGAGGCCUACCGCAAGGGCCUCAUCGACCACCAGACGUACCUGGAGCUGUCCGAGCAGGAGUGCGAGUGGGAGGAGAUCACCAUCUCCUCUUCCGACGGCGUGGUCAAGUCCAUGAUCAUCGACCGCCGCUCAGGCCGCCAGUACGACAUCGACGAGGCCAUCUCCAGGAGCCUCAUCGACCGCUCGGCGCUGGACCAGUACCGCGCCGGCACGCUCUCCAUCACCGAGUUCGCCGACAUGCUCUCGGGCAACGCUGGUGGCUUCCGCUCCCGCUCUUCUUCCGUGGGGUCCUCCUCCUCCUACCCCAUCAGCCCCGCCGCCUCCAGGACCCAGGCGGCCUCCUGGUCAGACCCCGCCGAGGAGACCGGCCCCGUGGCCGGCAUCCUGGACACGGAGACGCUGGAGAAGGUGUCCAUCACGGAGGCCAUGCACCGCAACCUGGUGGACAACAUCACCGGGCAGCGGCUGCUGGAGGCCCAGGCCUGCACGGGGGGCAUCAUCGACCCCAGCACCGGGGAGCGCUUCCCCGUCACCGACGCCGUCAACAAGGGCCUGGUGGAUAAGAUCAUGGUGGACCGCAUCAACCUGGCCCAGAAAGCCUUCUGUGGCUUCGAGGACCCGCGCACCAAGACCAAGAUGUCGGCCGCUCAGGCCCUGAAGAAGGGCUGGCUCUACUACGAGGCAGGCCAGCGCUUCCUGGAGGUGCAGUACCUGACGGGGGGCCUGAUCGAGCCCGACGCGCCGGGCCGUGUGCCCCUCGACGAGGCCCUGCAGCGUGGCAUGGUGGACGCCCGAACCGCCCAGAAGCUGCGAGACGUCGGCGCGUAUUCCAAGUACCUCACCUGCCCCAAGACCAAGCUCAAGAUCUCGUACAAGGACGCGUUGGACCGCAGCAUGGUGGAGGAGGGCACGGGGCUCCGGCUGCUGGAGGCCGCCGCCCAGUCCAGCAAGGGCUACUACAGCCCCUACAGCGUCAGCGGCUCCGGCUCCGCGGCCGGCUCGCGCUCCGGCUCGCGCACCGGUUCCCGGGCUGGCUCCCGCCGCGGCAGCUUUGACGCCACGGGUUCCGGCUUCUCCAUGACCUUCUCCUCCUCCUCCUACUCUUCCUCGGGCUACGGCCGCCGCUACGCCUCAGGGCCCGCGUCCUCCCUGGGGGGCCCCGAGUCCGCGGCGGCCUGA